GGGACCGUGUAGCUUCACUUUUUAACACCAGUGUUUUGGGUCACCUAUCCUGGCAGUAUGGCGGUAGAAACCAUCGCACCUGACUGGGAGUUUGACCGUUUUGACGACGGUUCACAAAAAAUACACACAGAGGUCCAAUUGAAGAACUACAGCAAGUUUCUGGAGGAGUACACAUCUCAGCUGAGGGGUAUCGAGGAGGCUCUGGAUGACUCCAUCGGAGAUGUCUGGGACUUCACUCUGGACCCCAUCACCCUGAAGCUUCUCCCAUAUGAGCAGUCAUCCUUACUGGAGUUAAUUAAAACAGACAACAAGGUUCUGAACAAAGUCAUCACAGUUUAUGCUGCACUCUGUAGUGAAGUGAAGAAGCUUAAGUAUGAGGCAGAAACCAAGUUCUACAAUGGCUCAUUAUACUAUGGAGAAGGAGUGUCAGACACCAGUGUUGUUGAAGGAGAGUCCCAGAUUCAGAUGGGUAGAUUCAUCUCUUUCCUUCAGGAACUGUCCUGCUUUGUGUCAAGAUGUUAUGAAGUGGUGGUCAACAUUGUCCAUCAGCUGGCUGCCCUCUACAACAGCAACAAGGGUGCAACAAAAAUCAUUGAGUCGUCAGGUGUCCAUUUCCAGAUAGUGUACGAACACCUCGGGGAGUUGUUAGUGGUACUGCUCACACUCGAUGAGAUUAUGGAAAAUCAUGGCACACUAAAAGAUCACUGGAAGAUGUAUAAAAGGCUAUUGAAAUCAGUGCACCAUAAUCCUGGGAAAUUUUCCAUUCCUGAAGAGAAACUGAAACCAUUCGAAAAGCUCCUGCUCAAGCUGGAGGGACAGCUGCUGGAUGGCAUGAUACUACAGGCCUGUGUGGAACAGAGAUUCGAUGACCCUGGGGAAGGAGUAGCUGUUGCCAAAAACAGUGCCUUCGCUGAGGAGUUCGCCUUCAACAUUCGCACCAUAUUCACUAAUGUUGAGUCUAAGAUCGGAGAACCUUCAGAGAUUGACCAGAGAGAUAAGUAUGCUGGCGUCUGUGGUCUCUUUGUGCUUCACUUUCACAUCUUCAGGAGUGUUGACAAGAAGCUCUACAAGGCACUGCUCGAUGUCUGUAAAAAGGUUCCAGCUGUCACUUUGACUGCUAACAUCAUCUGGUUUCCCGACACUUUCCUCAUCGCUAAGGUCCCAGCUGCAGCUAAACUGAUGGAUAAGAAGAGUCUCCAGGCCAUCAGAGCGCAGAGAGACACGUACCUGCAACAAAGAGCUCAGACACUAACAAAGGAUGUUCAGUCCUACUACGUGUUUGUAACCUCUUGGAUGAUGAAGAUGGAGUCCAUUUUAUCCAAGGACCAUAAAAGUGACAAGCUGGCAGACGACCUUAACAGCAGAUGUAAUGUGUUUGUACAGGGCAUCCUGUAUGCUUACAGCAUCAGCACCAUUAUCAAGACUACCAUGAACAUGUACAUGUCGAUGCAGCGGCCCAUGACAAAGACCUCUGUCAAAGCGCUCUGCCGACUGGUUGAAUUGCUCAAGGCUGUGGAGCACACAGUUCACAGGAGGUCUAUGGUUGUAGCCGACUCUGUGUCUCACAUCACUCAGCAGCUGCAGUCACAGGCCCUCAACGCCAUCGGCACUGCCAAGAAAAGGGUGAUCUCUGACAAGAAGUACAGUGAGCAGAGGCUGGAUGUCCUGUCGUCUUUGGUACUGGCAGAAAAUGCCCUCAGUGGACCCAGCACAAAAGAGCGACGCCUCGUUGUGUCUUUGGCUCUGUGUGUCGGCACACAGCUGAAAACAUUCAAAGAUGAGGAGCUGCUUCCGCUGCAGCUUGUGCUGAAGAAGCUGGAUCUGAUCAGUGAGCUGCGUGAGAGGGUCAAGCUGCAAUGUGACUGUAGUUUCCUUUACUGGCACCGAGCUGUGUUUCCCAUCUACCUAGAUGAUGUAUACGACAACGCCGUGGACGCAGCACGAAUACAUUACAUGUUUAGCGCGCUGCGGGACAGCGUGCCGUUCAUGUUGCAUGCCAAACACAUGGAGUCAUGUGACCAGCUACUGGAGAGCUACGACAAGGAGAUCAUGGAGGUGUUCAAUGAGCACCUGCUGGACAAGCUGUGUAAAGAGAUUGAGAAGGACCUGCGUCUCUCUGUUCACACCCACCUCAAACUGGACGACAGGAACCCUUUCAAAGUUGGCAUGAAGGAUCUGGCCCACUUCUUCUCCCUCAAACCCAUCCGGUUCUUCAACCGCUUCAUUCAUAUCAAAGCCUAUGUGACCCACUACCUGGAUAAAACUUUCUACAACCUGACUACUGUGGCUCUGCACGACUGGGCCACCUACAGUGAGAUGAGAAACCUCGCCACACAGCGUUAUGGUCUUACCAUGACAGAGGCACACCUGCCCAGCCAGACCCUGGAGCAGGGUUUGGAUGUUCUGGAGAUCAUGAGGAACAUUCAUGUUUUUGUCUCACGCUACCUUUAUAACCUCAACAACCAGAUCUUCAUAGAGAAGGCAAGUAACAACAAGCAUUUGAACACCAUCAACAUCCGUCACAUUGCCAACUCCAUCCGGACCCACGGCACGGGCAUUAUGAACACCACGGUGAAUUUCACCUACCAGUUCCUGCGUAAGAAGUUUUACAUCUUCAGCCAGUUUAUGUACGAUGAACACAUCAAGUCCAGACUGAUCAAAGACAUCCGCUUCUUCAGAGAAACAAAGGACCAGUCUGAUCAGAAGUAUCCAUUUGAGAGAGCAGAGAAGUUUAACCGUGGCAUCAGGAAGCUUGGCAUCACCCCUGAUGGACAGAGCUACCUGGACCAGUUCAGACAGCUCAUCAGUCAGAUUGGCAACGCCAUGGGCUAUGUGCGUAUGAUCCGUUCUGGAGGCCUCCACUGUUGCAGCAGUGCCAUCAGGUUUGUUCCUGACCUGGAGGAUAUAGUCAACUUUGAGGAGCUGGUGAAGGAGGAGGGGCUGUCAGAGGAGACUCAGAGAGCUGCUAGUGUCCUAGACUCAGUGUUGGGAGAUCUGACCAGCAACUCUGCCGAAGGGACAGAGUACUUCAAGAUGCUGGUGGCGGUGUUUGCAGCUGAGUUUCGCAGCGCCAAGAAUAUGCACCUGAGGAACUUCUACAUGAUUGUACCUCCACUGACUGUUAAUUUCGUGGAGCACUCCAUCAGCUGCAAAGAGAAACUCAACAAGAAAAACAAAAGUGGGGCUGCUUUCACAGAUGAUGGCUUUGCGAUGGGCGUGGCAUACAUCCUGAAGCUGCUCGACCAGUAUCUGGAGUUCGACUCCUUGCACUGGUUCCAGGCCGUCAGAGAUAAGUACAAGAAAGAGAUGAAUGCUGUGGUGAAGGAGCAGAACGUGCAAUCUGCCAGUCAGGAUGAAAAGUUGCUGCAAACUAUGAACCUGACCCAGAAGAGGCUGGAUAUCUACCUUCAGGAGUUUGAGCUGCUCCACUUCUCUUUAAGCAGCGCAAGGAUCUUCUUCAGAGCGGACAAGACUGCAGCCGAGGAGACUCAGGAGAAGAAGGAUAAAGAAGAAACUGCAAAAGCAGGAGGUACUUCAGACGGCUCCAUCCCCACUGACACUGCCUCAAAGUGAACCAGCUGACAGUGAUCUCGUGUUGGAUUAUAACUCUUGAGAGUACUGUCACAUGAGCAGAGCAUGUACCUGGCCGGAAGGAGGUGAAGAGAAGAUCUCAAACUGUAGACUACUUUGAAGUGUGUGUGUGUGGGUGUGUGUGUGUGUGUGGUUCAGACUUGAAACUGGAUAAAACAACAGACAGUUGAUGGACACCAUUUGAAGACUCUUUGUGUCCCAUGAUGAAGGGGUUAUCUUCAUUAGAGAUUGAAUGUUUUCUUGAAGUGCUACAGCAGGAAGUGUCUUUUUCUUUUGUUUCCAUUUUACAGAAACAUAAAUGUAACAUCCCACAGCUUUCAAGUAUGUCAGCUUCUAAUAAAUUCAGUUUGAAUUUGUAGCAUUUACACAAGCGAGUGUAGUGUGAAAGGUGAGGCAUAGGGUAGAAGUGGAUCCCUUCCUCUACCACACAGCUUUUUGAUACUUUAACACUCGGUCUAGAAUGACUGGAUUAUUUUUCUACAGUAGAAGCCUCAGCUGUGUGUGUGUCCUCUGCUGAUCAGAGAUGACGUCAAUCAUUGACUAAUUUGCAUAGGUUUUGAUUUCAGUGCUGUUUUAUUGCUGCAUCGCUCUGUUAAUGUCCAGUGUAAUGGUUGUGAUAACAUUAUGACUGUUCAUGGCCUUUAAUGGCAGCUCUGUAGGCUAUAGCACACUAUUGAGAACUCUUGAGAAUGUUUCACUGUGUAAUCUUCACGUUUGUGUGCCAUAUUUGUCUACUGCUAAUUUUUGUUUUGCCCAUUUUAUACAUUGUGUGUAAUAAGGUGUGUAUGUGCCUUUCUAAACUGUGGAGAAUGUUUUGAUCACCUAAUUAAUUUAGUAUACAUCUACACACACCAGAUUCUUGAUCUGAGUGUUUGCAUAGUACGAAAGUUUCACUAUUUCUCUUCAGCACUGGAGGUGUAUCAUUAUAUCUUUAUUUUGCAAUUUUGUAUCUAUCAACAUGUGACAAAAAGGCCACAAUCGGGUCAAAAUUACAUUCCAUGAAUUAACUUGCUUGAAGAGAAAGGUCUGUAAAGUCUUUCAAGACUAAUAAAAUUUGCACUUUCAAUAGAA